CGAUGAUUGAGUCCAUUACGCACCGAUUUGGGCAGAUUUAAUUCGUGUCAAUUUUUGGCAGAUUCCAAAGGGGUACCAUCACAGAUUUUGGGCGAUUUAUCCCGAAAUGCCAUUUUCUUUCGAUUCUGGAAGCUAUAGAUCACGGAAUCAGGCCGAGGCUAUUCUCCACCGAUAAUGAAGUCUAUUGAUCGUAUUCUCCACGGAUGAUAAAUCCCUUAAGCAUCAAUUUGGACCAAUUUAUUUUCGGAUGGCAUUUUCGUAAUUUCUUGGGCGACGAAAGGGUAUUUUCUUUGGAUAUUGAAGGCUACAUAUCACGGAUUCGGUCUGAGGCUAUUCUCCAACAAUGAUUGAGUCCAUUAAGCACCGAUUUGGGAGGAUUUAUUCCGGGUCAACUUUUGGCAGAUUCCAAAAGGGUACCAUCACAGAUUUCAGGCGAUUUAUCCGAAAUGCUAUUUUCUUUCGAUUCUGGAGGCUACAGAUCACGGAAUCACGCCGAGGCUAUUCUCCACCGAUAAUGAAGUCUAUUGAUCCUAUUCUCCACGGAUGAUAAGUCCAUUAAGCAUCGAUUUGUGCCAAUAUAUUUUCGGAUGGCAUUUUCGUAAUUUCUUGGGCGACGAUAGGCCAUUUUCUUUGGAUAUUGAAGUCUACAGAUUACGGAUUCGGCCUGAGGCUAUUCUCCAACGAUGAUUGAGUCCAUUAGGCACCGAUUUGGGCAGAUUUAUUCCGGGUCAAUUUUUGGCAUAUUCCAAAGGGGUACCAUCACAGAUUUCGGGCGAUUUAUCCGAAAAGUCAUUUUCUUUCGAUUCUGGAGGCUACAGAUCAUGGAAUCAGGCCGAGGCUAUUCUCCACCGAUAAUGAAGUCUAUUGAUCGUAUUCUCCCCGGAUGAUAAGUCCAUUAAGCAUCGAUUUGGACCAAUUUAUUUUCGGAUGGUAUUUUCGUAAUUUCUUGGUCGACGAAAGGCCAUUUUCUUUGGAUAUUGAAGCCUACAGAUCACGGAUUUGGCCUGAGGCUAUUCUCCAAUGAUGAUUGAGUCCAUUAAGCACCGAUUUGGGCGGAUUUAUUCCGGGUCAAUUUUUGGCAGAUUCCAAAGGGGUAUCAUCACAGAUUUCGGGCGAUUUAUCCUAAAUGCCAUUUUCUUUCUAUUCUGGAGGCUACAGAUCACGGAAUCAGGCCGAGGCUAUUCUCCACCGAUAAUGAAGUCUAUUGAUCCUAUUCACCACGGAUGAUAAAUCUGUUAGCAUCGAUUUGGGCCAAUUUAUUUUUGGAUGGCAUUUUCGUAAUUUCUUGGGCGACGAAAGUCCAUUUUCUUUAGAUAUUGAAGGCUACAGAUCACGUAUUCAGCCCGAGGCUAUUCUCCAACGAUGAUUGAGUCCAUUAAGAACUGAUUUGGGCGGAUUUAUUCCGGGUCAAUUUUUGCAGAUUCCAAAGGGGUACCAUCACAGAUUUCGGGCGAUUCAUCCGAAAUGCCAUUUUCUUUCGAUUCUGGAGGCUACAUAUCACGGAAUCAGGCCGAGGCUAUUCUCCACCGAUAAUGAAGUCUAUUGAUCCUAUUCACCACGGAUGAAAAGUGCGUUAAGCAUCGAUUUGGGCCAAUUUAUUUUCGGAUGGCAUUUUCGUAAUUUCUUGGGCGACGAAAGGCCAUUUUCUUUGGAUAUUGAAGGCUAAAGAUAACGGAUUCGGCCUGAGGCUAUUCUCCAACGAUGAUUGAGUCCAUUAAGCACCGAUUUGGGAGGAUUUAUUCCGGGUCAACUAUUGGCAGAUUCCAAAGGGGUACCAUCACAGAUUUCAGGCGAUUUAUCCGAAAUGCCAUUUUCUUUCGAUUAUGGAGGCUACAGAUCACGGAAUCAGGCCGAGGCUAUUCUCCAUCGAUAAUGAAGUCUAUUGAUCCUAUUCUCCACGGAUGAUAAGUCCAUUAAGCAUCGAUUUGGGCCAAUAUAUUUUCGGAUGGCAUUUUCGUAAUUUCUUGGGCGACGAUAGGCCAUUUUCUUUGAUUAUUGAAGUCUACAGAUCACGGAUUCGGCCUGAGGCUAUUCUCCAACGAUGAUUGAGUCCAUUAGGCACCGAUUUGUGCAGAUUUAUUCCGUGCAAUUGUUUUGGCAGAUUCCAAAGGGGGUACCAUCACAGAUUUCGGGCGAUUUAUCCGAAAAGCCAUUUUCUUUAGAUUCUGGAGGCUACAGAUCAUGGAAUCAGGCCAAGGCUAUUCUCCACCGAUAAUGAAGUCUAUUGAUCGUAUUCUCCACGGAUGAUAAGUCCAUUAAGCAUCGAUUUGGACAAAUUUAUUUUCGGAUGGCAUUUCCCAUAAUUUCUUGGGCGACGAAAGGCCAUUUUCUUUGGAUAUUGAAGGCUACAGAUCACGCCUGAGGCUAUUCUCAAACGAUGAUUGAGUCCAUUAAGCACCGAUUUGGGCGGAUUUAUUCCGUGUCUAUUUUUGGCAGAUUCCAAAGGGGUACCAUCACAGAUUUCGGGCGAUUUAUCCGAAAUGCCAUUUUCUUUCUAUUCUGGAGGCUACAGAUCACGGAAUCAGACCGACGCUAUUCUCCACCGAUAAUGAAGUCUAUUGAUCCUAUUCACCACGGAUGAUAAAUCGGUUAGCAUCGAUUUGGGCCAAUUUAUUUUCGGAUGGCAUUUUUAUAAUUUCUUGGGCGACAAAAGGCAAUUUUCUUUGGAUAUUGAAGGCUUCAAAUCACGGAUUCGGCAUGUGGCUAUUCUCCUAAGAUGAUUGAGUCCAUUAAGCACCGAUUUGGGCUCCGGUUCAAUUGUUGGCAGUUUCUAAAGGGGUAUCAUCACAGAUUUCGGGCGAUUUAUCCGAAAUGCCAUUUUCUUUCGAUUAUGGAGGCUAUAGAUCACGGAAUCAGGCCGAUGCUAUUCUCCACUGAUAAUGAAGUCUAUUGAUCUUAUUCACCAAGGAUGAUAAGUGCGUUAAGCAUGCUUUGGGCCAAUUUAUUUUCGGAUGGCAUUUUCGUAAUUUCUUGGGCGACGAAAGGCCAUUUUCUUUGGAUAUUGAAGGCUACAGAUCACGGAAUCGGCCUGAGGUUAUUCUCCAAUAAUGAUUGAUUCCAUUAAGUACCGAUUUGGGCGGAUUUAUUCCGGGUUAAUUUUUGGCAGAUUCCAAAGGGGUACCAUCACAAAUUUCAGGCGAUUUAUCCGAAAUGCCAUUUUCUGUUGAUUCUAAAGGCUACAGAUCACGGAAUCAGGCCGAGGCUAUUCUCCACCGAUAAUGAAGUCUAUUGAUCCUAUUCUCCACGGAUGAUUAAGUCCAAUAAGCCAUGAUUUGGACCAAUUUAUUUUUGGAUGACCCUUUCGUAAAUUGGUUGGCGUCGAAAGGCCAUUUUCUUUGGAUUUUGAAGGCUAUAAAUCACGGAUUCGGCCUAAGGAUAUUCGUUAACGAUGAUUAAGUCCAUUAAGCAACGAUUUGAACGGAUUUAUUCCAGGUCAAUAUUUCGCAGAUUGCAAAGGGGCACCAUCACAGAUUUUGGGCGAUUUUUCCGAAAUGCCAUUUUCUUUGGAUAUUGAAGGCUACAAAUCACGGAUUCGGCCUGAGGCUAUUCUUCAACGAUGAAUAAGUCCUUUAAGCACCCAUUUGGACGGAUUUAUUCCAGGUCAAUUUUUGGCAGAUUGCAAAGGUGUACCAUCAUAGAUUUUGGACGAUUUUUCCGAAAGGCCAUUUUCUUUCGAUUCUUGAGGCUACAGAUCACGGAAUCAGGCCGAGGCUAUUCUCCACUGAUAAUGAAGUCUAUUGAUCCUA